AUGGCGGCAGUGGUAGAGCUAGAGGUUGGACGAGGUGCUGCCGGGGAACGGGAGCUGGAUGAGGUUGAUAUGUCACACCUCUCGCCAGAGGAGCAAUGGAGGAUCGAGCAUGCACGCAUGCAUGCCAAGCACCGUGGUCACGAAGCCAUGCAUGCCGAAAUGGUCCUCAUCCUCAUCGCUACCUUGGUGGUGGCCCAGCUGCUCCUGGUGCAGUGGAAGCAGAGGCAUCCUCGCUCCUACAAUAUGGUGACCCUCUUUCAGAUGUGGGUUGUUCCCCUCUAUUUCACAGUGAAGCUGCACUGGUGGAGGUUCCUAGUGAUCUGGAUCUUCUUCUCUGCUGUCACAGCCUUUGUCACCUUCCGAGCCACCCGAAAGCCACUAGUGCAGACAACCCCAAGGUUGGUUUAUAAGUGGUUCCUGCUGAUCUAUAAAAUCAGCUAUGCCACUGGCAUCGUUGGCUACAUGGCUGUCAUGUUUACCCUUUUUGGUCUUAACUUAUUAUUCAAGAUCAAACCAGAAGAUGCCAUGGACUUUGGCAUAUCUCUCCUGUUCUAUGGCCUCUAUUAUGGUGUUCUUGAGCGGGACUUUGCAGAAAUGUGUGCAGACUACAUGGCGUCUACCAUAGGGUUCUACAGCGAGUCAGGCAUGCCUACCAAGCACCUCUCGGACAGCAUGUGUGCUGUGUGUGGGCAGCAGAUCUUUGUGGACGUCAGUGAAGAGGGCAUCAUCGAGAACACGUACAGGCUGUCUUGCAAUCAUGUUUUCCAUGAGUUCUGCAUUCGCGGCUGGUGCAUUGUGGGAAAGAAGCAGACGUGUCCCUACUGCAAAGAGAAGGUGGAUCUCAAGAGGAUGUUCAGCAACCCCUGGGAGAGGCCCCACGUCAUGUACGGGCAGCUGCUGGAUUGGCUUCGCUAUCUGGUGGCCUGGCAGCCUGUCAUCAUUGGCCUAGUGCAAGGCAUCAACUACAUCCUGGGCCUCGAAUAA